AACAGACACUAGUAGAGUUAUCUCAUGUCUCAUCCCCACACUAGAGAGAACUAGAAACCAUAAACCAUUCCACACCUUCACAAACACACAAACUCAAAGAAACACACACACAUAGAGUGAGACAGAGAGAGAGGCAUGGGGAAUCACAGGUUUAAGUUAUCAGAUAUGAUUCCAAAUGCUUGGUUUUACAAGCUGAGGGACAUGGGUAAAGGAAGAGAUUCAAGAAAGCAAAACACAACACCCUCUAGGAAAAAGAAGCAAACUUCACCCCCUUCAACCACACAUUCAUCAAUACGAAACCAACCCCACCAACAAAACAACAACAACCCCAGAAAAUCCUACUAUUUCACAAGAGACCUCAAAAUCUCACCCUCAAACACCCCAAAAACUAUUUCCCCUCCUAGAAAAUCAACCAAACAAAGAACCAAAAAAAGAACACCAACAAGAACACCAAAACUUGUCUCCUCCUCAGGUUGUAGCUGCCGCACCACCCUUGAAUCCAUGUGGACCAAAUCAGAUUCACCACAAGAUGAACACUCUUCCUCAUCCCCAUUUGACACCUCUCCCGAGUCACAAUCCCCAGAAUUCAGAACAGACCGUGUUCUUCUCCCAUUUUCUUCAUCAUUCGAUGAAAUGGUGUCCUUGUCCACCACCUCUUGCGCCUCUUGCAGACUCAACACAAACAAAAACAAAAACAACACCACCAACGACACCAUCAUAGACGUGGACAAAAACUCCAUUGCAAGAAAAGAUAACAAGCUUGAUGGCUACUACAAUUACAACACCAACAAUGGCUAUGAUGACACCUUCUCAGAGCUUGAGCUUCCUCCAAUCAUAACCAAGCCAUCAUCCAAGUUACUAAAGAAGAGAGAACUCAAACAAGGGUCCUUGAAGGUGAGAAUUGUGAAGGAACAAGACUCUGCAAUGAAGGAACAGAGGAACCAUCAUGGUUCUUUGAGGAGGCUAUCUGUGAGUUCUCCAGGGGUGAGGUUGAGGAUCCACUCGCCGAGAAUCGCCGGCAGGAGGGGCCGGAAAAGCGUGUCAUCGUCAUCGACGACGACAAGUUCCGGCUCCCGGAGAAGCCUCUCCGAGAGCUUUGCGGUUGUGAAAUCAUCCUUUGACCCACAAAAGGACUUCAUGGAGUCCAUGGUGGAGAUGAUUGUGGAGAACAACAUAAGGGCAUCCAAGGACUUGGAAGAUCUACUUGCUUGCUACCUUUCUCUCAAUUCAGAUGAGUAUCAUGACCUCAUCAUCAAAGUGUUCAAGCAAAUUUGGUUUGAUUUGACUCAACCAAGGUAGUAGUAGUAAAUUCUAAAGAUCUCAAGUUAUUGUUUAAAUUGCAGUUUUGUUAGAAUCCUUUGAUAUUGUAAGAAAUUGCAGAUAAAUUACGUAAACAAAAAAUCCAAAAAUCUUUAUGUUGCGGUCAAAAUCACUGUGGCAUGCCGUUUAUUAAAACCUUGAUGGGGCUCGAGUUGUAUGGAAAUAUGGUUCUCAAAAUUUGUAAUGCUUGAAAGCUUUAUUAAUGUAGACAAAAAUUCUUAAUUAGUUUUCAGGCUUUUAAUUUUUCAUAUAAUUUUUUUUUAUCUGUGUAAUUAUGCAUGUAAUGUAUUUUGGAAAGUUGAAUAGACUCUAGUGCUAAGCCAAA